GCCCUCUCACCGCAGGGCCCCGGGCCUCUUCCGCGGCGGCGGCGCUGGCGCUGGGUUGGGCUCGGCGCGGCUCGAGAUGUCGACGAAGAAUUUUCGCGUGAGCGACGGAGACUGGAUCUGCCCCGACAAGAAGUGUGGGAAUGUUAACUUCGCUAGAAGAACCAGCUGCAACAGAUGUGGAAGGGAAAAAACAACAGAAGCCAAAAUGAUGAAAGCUGGUGGGACCGAAAUAGGGAAGACGCUUGCGGAGAAGAGUCGUGGCCUCUUCAGUGCUAACGACUGGCAGUGUAAAACAUGUGGUAAUGUGAACUGGGCCAGAAGAUCAGAAUGCAAUAUGUGUAAUACUCCAAAGUAUGCUAAAUUGGAGGAGAGGACAGGAUACGGAGGAGGAUUUAAUGAACGAGAGAACGUUGAAUAUAUAGAGCGCGAAGAGUCAGAUGGGGAGUAUGAUGAGUUUGGACGCAAAAAGAAAAAGUAUAGAGGGAAGCCGGUUGGUCCUGCAUCUAUCUUGAAGGAAGUAGAAGAUAAGGAGUCUGAAGGGGAGGAUGAGGAGGAUGAGGAUGAAGAUCUUUCCAAAUAUAAAUUGGAUGAGGAUGAGGAUGAAGAUGAUGCUGACCUUUCAAAAUAUAAUCUUGAUGCCAGUGAAGAAGAGGACACUAAUAAGAAAAAGAAAUCCAAUAGGCGCAGUCGUUCUAAGUCUCGAUCUUCCCACUCACGAUCUUCAUCACGCUCAUCCUCUCAUUCAAGCUCAAGGUCUAGGUCCAGGUCCCAUUCAAGAAGUUCUUCCAGCUCCAGAUCAAGAUCUCGUUCCAGUUCCAGAGAACACUCUAGAUCUCGUGGGUCGAAAUCAAGAUCCAGCUCCAGGUCCUACAGGGGGUCUUCCACCCCAAGAAAAAGAUCUUACUCAAGCUCUCGUUCAUCAUCCUCCCCUGAGAGAAGCAAGAAGCGAAGUCGUUCUAGAUCAUCUUCAUCUGGUGAUCGCAAAAAAAGACGAUCGAGAUCACGGUCACCCGAAAGACGCCGCAGAUCAUCAUCUGGAUCUUCCCAUUCUGGUUCCCGUACAAGUUCUAAAAAGAAAUAAUGUAUCAAAGCUCACAUUUGGGAAAAAAAAAAAAAAAGGCAAAACCAAACAAACAAAACACAAAUUCCAGUCAGUGCAUGAGACAUUUUUAAGAAGUUGGUGUCUUACGUGGUCAGAAGUGCUGAAUCUGCUAGUAGAGGUGCAUGUCUGUCCUUGCUUUCUGGAAAACUGCAGCUUUGUUCAUUCAGGAAACAAAAAGUGAGGUAGCAUUUUAAGCCAUAAACUCCCCAGAGGAGGUCUGAAGUUUUAUUAUUUGAGUAAGGGGGUUUUUUAUUAUUUUUAAAGACUCGGUUACUCGAUUCCUGUCUCUUGUACACAUUAGCAGGCAGAGGUUGGAUAUGUUCUAGUACAACUCUGCUCUUCACUUGACUAUUAGAAGUAUCUGAGUUAAUGUAGGAAGGGAAGACUUUCUGCAUCCACCUCCUGAGCUUGUACGGUAUAGCUUGUGUUGGGACCAUGAAAGAUGAGUGUAGUUGUAGAGCUGGUGUUACCCACCGGAUGACAGUAGUGAGUACUUUGAUUAUUUCUGAUUUUUUCUGUGUUUAAGUAAAAGUACAGAUGGAUGCCCCUCUCGUUCUCUUUAGCUGUGCUUUAGCAAAUUAGCUUUAUCAGAUUAACUAUUAAAUAACCAGUCCAUUAUACCGUACUGUAGAGUGAAUUAGACUUCAUUCCUUCGAAGCGGGGAUGUUUGGAAUGUUGGGCACUGUCCCCUCUUACUCCAGUCUCAUAGGUGCCCAUCCCUGGCACUACACUUUCUUUGCUGCAGCCAGCAAAGUGCCCUUUCUGCAACGGGUGCUGACUGCAGUGUUUUCACAUGCACAGACCCUGGACUCUGUCAUCUUUCCUUGUGAAAGGAUCAUUUAAGAACUACUUUUGAGAUGAGGAAUGUGGAACUAGCUUCUUGGCAUCAAGUGAAGCUUCUGUAGGCCGUCCAUAACAUUCAUUUGGGACUGACUAAAAUUUUCAAGGUAUCAGAAUUUUAUUUAUACUAAAUAUGAAAAUUAAUAAACUGUAGAAAGUUCUGAUAUAUUAAAUGUGUUCUUCAUCAGUUGUUCUUUUUCCCGGAAAUGUAAUUUAUGGCUUAAAAUGCUUUAUUGAAUCUUAUUUUACUAGCAAUAUCACAUUAAAACUCGAUCUCUCUUGAGCUCCGUUUGGUUAAGAAAGGUUUAAGUAUCUUCAGUGCCAUCAUAAGGUAAGUAUGUGAAGGAAAAUUUUUUUGUGAGCAAGAAGGCAGCAAUAUAUAUGUAUUUAUUUCAGUAGUAGAAUUUCCAAACCUAUAUUUGACCACUGCUUUUUUUAAAUGAACAAACGGAGCAAAAUUCUACUUUCUUUUUUUUUUAUCUUUAGGCAUUUCUUUGGGACUGUUAUAGAAGCAAAACAUUUUCAGUGUAGAAAUAUUUUGAUAAUCUUUUGCAGGAGAAAAUGCUCUGCAGUUUCUUCUUUAAUGCUUUCUUUUA